AUGGCUUUUCAUGAUUUGGUUUUUGGCAUCAUCUUCUUCAUUCAGACAGGUGUUGGUGUCCUGGGAAACUUCUUCCUCCUAUGUCUUUAUGCCAUCACUUUUCUCACUGGCCACAGACUGAAGCCCAUAGAUUCCAUUUUGGUCCAUUUAGCUUUGUCAAACUCUAUAGUGCUUAUUAUCAAAGGAAUCCCCCAGACAAUGCUUGCUUUGGGCCUGAAAAAUUUCCUGGAUAAUUUUGCAUGUAAAUUCAUCAUUUACAUCCACCGAGUGGCCCGAAGUCUUUCCCUGACCUUUACCUGCCUCCUGAGUGUAUUUCAGGUGAUUACCAUUAGCUCCUUUACCUGGUUUAAAUUGUCAGGACUCAAAAAUAAACUUCCAAAGAAUAUCGUCACCUUCUGCCUUUUCUCCUGGAUCCUGUGUUUACUGAUGAAUAUCUAUAUGUUUGAAAAUAUACAGAACUUUAGAGAAAAUAGUAACAACACCAGGAUAUGGCAUAUGGGAUUCUGUUUAGGUUUUACUUCAGGUUCAUUCAAAGCCUUACUAUUGGUAAUUACGUUCUCCAUCCCUGAUUUCCUGUGUGUGGGAUGCAUGGUCAUGGCUAGUGGCUAUCUGGUGCUUUUCUUACAUAGGCACCAUCAAGUAGUCCAGCAUAUUCACAGCUCCAGCUUUAUCCCAAGAACCUCACCUGAGACAAGGGCCACCCAUACCAUCUUGGUGUUGGUAAGCACCUAUGUCUCCUUCAACUCAAUCAAUUCUAUUAUGGCAAUUUAUCUCUUUCAAUUUGAGAAAUAUCAUCUGUGGUUGAUGCCUACCUCAGCUUUCUUAGCUGCAUGUUUCCCAGCCAUCAGUCCCUUUGUUCUGAUCCCCCAUGAUUCAAGAAUUCUCCAUUUGUACUACUCAACUCUGGGGAAAGACAAACUCCCCAAAUCUUCUUCCUAG